AUGGGGAACCAAAUAUCGAAGAUGAUGGGCAAGAUCUUCGGGUCAAGAGAAAUGCGACUGUUGAUGCUGGGCCUGGAUGCGGCAGGCAAGACAACAAUUCUGUACAAACUGAAACUCAACCAAGACGUGACGACAAUCCCUACCGUCGGCUUCAACGUCGAGACCGUCACAUACAAGAACGUCAAGUUCAACGUCUGGGAUGUGGGCGGGCAAGAUAAGAUCCGUCCUCUCUGGCGGCACUACUUUUCCGGCACUCAAGGUCUCAUAUUCGUCAUCGACUCCAACGACCGAGCACGCAUCGACGAGGCACGACAAGAACUGCACCGCAUCAUUCUGGACCGAGAAAUGAAAGAGGCACUAUUGCUGGUGUUCGCCAACAAGCAGGAUAUACCGGGCUCGAUGACCCCCACGGAGGUGACGGAGAAGCUGAGAUUGACACAACUCAAAGAACGGACAUGGUAUGUUGUGCCGAGUUGCGCAACUACCGGUGAAGGACUUCUUGAGGGACUGGUGAGUUGCUUUGUGUUCGGAGAACUCUGA